GCAGAAGGGGGGACGGGACCUGAAGCGCUGCGAUGCCUCGGCGUGAACGGCAGUGCCGAGGUGGAGGUGGGCAAAGGUGCUGGUGGUCCCCCCGCCCCUCCACGAUGAUGGGAUCAUCUCUGCCUUCCUCUCCUCGCCCUAAUUUUCACCUCCACGGGGCAGCUGGAGCUGUGGCCGGAGCAGCUGAGCUCCAGCUGCCCCGGUUUGCCCCAGCAAUGAUUUACUAGCCCGGGGGGGCCACUCCCAGCCUCCGCCCCGCGGACCUUGGAGCCGGGGCCUGGCCGUGCGUGCCGUGGCUCCUCUCCAUCGAAAAUGUUCUCCCUGGGGUCGUGGCUGCCGGCGUUCCCCGGGCUGGCCUGGGGCUGGGCACUGCUGGAUGCAUUCCUGCAAGGGCUGGUGGGUGCCUGUGCCGUCUCGGUGCUCUGCAGCCUCCUGAAGGUUUAUCUCUACAUCCAGUGCCUGAACAACCCGGAGAGGCAGGCGGAGAAGGAUGCGAUCCGGGCGCAGCGGGCGGUGCUGGAGCCGCUGCACGUGCUGGUGCUGACGGGGGUGCUGGCCCUGGUGGGGUCCCGCGUGGCCGCGCUGGUGGUGCUGGAGUUCUCCCUGCGCGCCGUGUCCACCGUCCUGACCCUCGGCAAGGUGAGAUGGGAUGGGGGAAACCGGGGCACAGUGUGGAGGGAGCUGGGGAAUUGUGGAUCCCUGGUGGAUUGUUCGACCCCCAUGGGGGAUGGAGGGACUGUGGUGUGGAACCUGCUGCUGGCGGCGGGGCUGGCGGGGCUGCUGGCGCUGCAGGGCCAGCGCCUGGCACGGCACGUGUGUGCCCUGUACGGGCUGCACAGCCGGGCGCGCUACUGCGGGCUCUGCAUCCUGCUCCUCUCCGACGGCCACCGCAUCCCGGCGCUGCUGCGCCGCGCCCUCGGCCUGGCCUUCGGCGUGGCCGGCCUGGCGGCCGUGCAGCUCAUCAACAGGGAUUUCCUGUCGGCCGCCGAGGCCGCGCGGUUCUGGACCCCGCUCACCAUCUGCUACGCCCUGCUGGUGGUCUACAUGCAGGAGGAGGCCCGGCAGAGCGCGGAUGGGGGGCCGGUGUUCCGGACGGUCCUGGUGCGGAUGGGCGGUCUCUUCAUCCUCCUCCUCACGGUGGGCCGGUGGAGCGACAUCCUGCACGUGCUGGUGUCGCUGCUGGGGGAGCUGUGGUGCCUGCUCCGCGCAGGGGUCCUGCUGCAGUCCUGCCGCACGCAGGAUUCCAGCCCGCAGCCUCACUGGGACAGACAGCUGGGAUCCGGAUCCGAAGAAACGUCUGGAUGAGCCGCGGGGUGUAGCCAGACGGCAGAGACUCGGGGUGGCUUUGCCUGGCACCCCCAAAAUCCCCCCCCGCGGGGACUGAGGAAAAAGGGCUCCCAGAGGGUGCCCGACCCCGUCCCAUGGGAUGGAGGAGGUCGGGGGGGAAGACUCGUGUGGCCCCUGGUUUUUGGGGACUCUGUGAGGUUGCAGCACUGCUGGAGUUUGUUCCCUGGUCCCACUGGGAUCGCGGGAUGCUGAUGGAUAUCCCGUCCUCACCGGCUGCAGGGCCACAUUGUCACAGCGCAGGGGCUCCAGAGGGGCUCCAAAUCU